UCUAUAGCUAGGAGUUGGUCGCAUUGUUACAAAAAACGAAUGGGCACGAAAAUGGCCAAACCAGCCUUCCUACAUCAAAAUAAUUAGAGCUCAACCAACUAUGGAUCGAUGGCUGUUUGGUGGUAAAAUCUGGGGAGAAUGGACUUACCGUGGUCGAAAUCUGGGUAUCUAUGAAUUUGCACAUGAUCUCAACAGAUCUGACUGGAGGCUUAUUCAUAAACAUGAAGAGAAGGAGUUUACGGAGUGUAAGGAGCCAAUGGGUGAAAUCACGUUGCCAAACUCUUUUCCUAUACCUCCGCUUCAGAUUCUUUUUGCUAAGAAAGCAUGCGAGAAAGCUGGUGUUCCAUUCCACGAGGAACAGAAAAGAGCACCACUGAAACUUUGUAUCGAUCCAGAGUUUCAAAUGUUAACUCCUUUCAUCAAGCAGGCUGAACCAGCGAAAAAAGGCACUUCUAUCUAUGAAGAGGUCGAUCCGAAAGUCUACUUAGAUCUCUACGGAAAAGAGCCACCUGUGAAGGUAGAGGCAUGGAAUAUUGGUCCUGCUUCGUUUACUCCACGUUUUUCACCGGCUGAUGAUGUGAAAGUAAAGCCUCAGCUUAGCUCAUAA